CACAUCAGGAGACUGUUGAUCAUGUGCUGGCCAUGUCUCUUCAGGGAGAUGAGUAUAAAAAAGGUGGAGGCGGGCACAAAUUGGAUGAGGCUGGGCCUAGCACGUUCCCUGUGCUAGCCCAACAACCUGCAGGUUUUCUGCAGGCCGAUCAUUAAAUGCAACAUGAAUGGAGUAGACCUCUCCAGGACAUACAACCGGAAGAGUUAAACUAUGAAAGACAGAGACAGAAAAAGCAAGAUCGCCUGCAUUUGGAGGAAAUAAUACAAGCUGAGAGGGAAGAUCAAGAUCGCCUGCAUUUGGAGGAAAAAAUACGAGCUGAGAGGGAAGAUCAAGAUUGCCUGCAUUUGAAGGAAUUGAUACGAGCUGAGAGGGAAAAGAAAGAUCGCCUGCAUUUGGAGGAAAUACUACGAGCUGACAGAGAAGAGCAAGAUCGCCUGCAUUUGGAGGAAUUAAUACAAGCUGACAGGGAGGAGCAAGAGCAGCAAGACAGAAUGGUUGCCCUUAGACUGCAAGAAUCGAUAACCCAAGAAGAAAUGACGAUAAGGCGUGGCCAACAUGGUCGAAACAUAGGACGGAGAGGUUUUUCUCAUCACAAUACGGGUCACAGAUCUCGAGGAAUGGGCAGAAGUCAAAAUCGGGAGAGGUCACAUCAGGAGACUGUUGACCAUGAGCUGGCCAUGUCUCUUCAGGGAGAGGAGGAUCAAAGGGGUGGAGGUUGGGAUGAAUAUAUUGAGGCUGUGCCUAGCGUGUCCCCUUUACUGGCCCAACAACCUGCAGGUUUUCUGCAGGACGAUCAUCAAAUGCAACAUGAAUGGAGUAGACCUCUCCAGGACAUACAACCGGACGAUCAUCAAAUGCAACAUGAAUGGAGUAGACCUCUCCAGGACAUACAGCAGGAAAUGGCCGCCAGUCAACAGGAGUUUUCGCUCCAAGACCUUGAUGAGGACUAUGAUGAGGACCUUGAUGAGGACCUUGAUGAGGACCUUGAGGACCUUGAUGAGGACCUUGAUGAGGAACAGCUGGAGUUCCAGGACCACCACAGGAGACGGUCGCAAGAAAUGGCCGCCAGUCAACAGGAGUUUUCGCUCCAAGACCUUGAUGAGGACUAUGAUGAGGACCUUGAUGAGGACCUUGAUGAGGAACUGCUGGAGUUCCAGAACCACCACAGGAGACGGUUGCCGAUGGGCACAAGCGAUAACUUUGACAGGGUUCUUUCAAUGUUGAACGAAACUCGCGUGAGCAUUGUCGGAAACAGAUAUGAGGCUCUUUUAGAACUAGGAGAUAAUUUGGGAACUGUCUCUAGUGGCCUGACUUCAGAAGAGUGCUCCACACUGCCGACCGCGAGAUAUACCCAGAGAGACAAAAACACGGCGGACUGCAGCGUGUGUCUGGAGAAAUACAAGACUGGAGAUGCACAGAAAACAUUGCCCUGUAUCCAUAUAUUCCAUGAACCUGUAUCGACGAGUGGUUGAAGAACAACGCAACAUGUCCUGUGUGCAGAGAGGUUGUUAAAGUUUCCUGACUACAGAUGAGCGGCUAUUUAAACUAACAUAAUGUUUCUUGAAUAAUAUUAAUUGUCAAAAAGAUUAUAGUGAUACAGUAAACAUAAUAUGUGGUGUAGCUGUUAAAGAGGCAAGACACCUAAUGGUCGAAAUAUCGGCAAAAAAAUAGUUCCACAACACAAGCCUAGAAUUGUCAAUGUGGGCUAGAAGGAGGCCGAUAAUACGUCAUAUUACAUAAUUAAAAUAAUAAACGCAAUAAUCAUGUUGCUGUCUCAUCUGUGUUUCCCUGCUUAAAAAUAGCGCACAAUGGUUUCCCAAUUUAAAUAACAUAUUUUUAUGAGUACAGAUAAAUAUACCGACGAUAGUUUUAAAAUUACAGGAAUUAACGUGGAAGACAACCCCAGUAAAUUUCAAACAAAAACUGCAAAUUAUGCACGCGUCGUAAGCGAUGUGAUACAUAAGUAAGAUUUUAUGCGUUGUAUACAACGAUGUCAAAUUUUUAUGUUAGCUUUUAACAAUUUUCCUUUUUUUAUAACAUUUGUAUCAUCUGGUGUCUAGCCCUUUUCAGGAUGGACUGCACGUAUUGAAAAUGGUUAUACGUACACGCUAAUCAUGUUUAAUUCAGCUUCACCAUAUAUGCAUAUACACUUUUAUUUUAGUGUAUGUUUUUAUAUAUACAGUGAUGCUUUUUGUGUUCCUUUACUUCAUGCGUUAUAGUUGUGUUCAAAGACAAAUUACGUAGUCCUUCAUACUGGUGCUUGAUGUAUUCUGAAACCUUGGGUCAAUAAUAAUUUAGAUAUACGAGUACUGUAUUCCGAUUAUUAGAACCGUUCGUACAUUUAUAUCGUAUUGAAUCUACCAUGUACACCUACAUAUACAGUGAGUCAUCUUUAAAUAUGCUUGAGUGCAUCCCACAAUAUUCUUAUACAAUGUAGUUCAUAACCAUGGUUCCUAAUGGUUGCCAGUAUAGUUGUGUGCAUAUAUUACAAAAAGCGAUGCUGUCUGCUGAUGCAAAUGUAUAAGAAUAAUUGGUCCUCCGGAAAAAACACGGGUAUACAACUUUGGACUAUGAGCACAAUGAAUAACUGCCUGUUCAUGUGAACUGUUUUUUAUGUAUAGAAAACAUAAUAUACGAAAUUCAUUACCAGGGAAUAUUUUGUAGAAUUGCCAUUGCAAUUGUUAAUAAAUUUCAAUGAUAUUAAACAAUGAUGUAUUUAUUAUAUCAGUGAUAUUAUAUUUUGCAUUCAUAUUAUUACCAAAAGGCAUCCGUUAUUAUUACUACAGAGUACUCGAUCAAGACUUCUUUCAAGAAAUCACUGAUUUUUUAUCUCCACAUUUGGCCAAACUGCUCCUGUAAAUGUGUGUACUUUUUAUUGUUUGCCAGCAACAAAUAUGUUACUAUUUAAUUAUUUUUAUAUAUUUUUAUAUGCUAUUAUUAUUAUUAUUAUUAUUAUUAUUAUUAUUAUUAUUAUUAUUAUUAUUAUACAUUAAGUAUGAAUGCUGAAACUGCUGUGUUGUUUAUGUGACGCCUGCGAAGCAUGGCUGAAACUCGGGUAUUAACUGUCUGGUGUUGCCGAUCAAUAAAUGAUGAAUGACUAGGUGUAGGGUCUUCAAACUUGUUAUGCAAAUAAGUCAUUGAUAGAUAACUUUAUUAAUGUGGGGUCACUAGGUCAAAGAUCAAGAUGAACUUUACUAGA